UGUAGUGCAGCAGCCUGGGGUAGAAGAGACUGUCAGGGCCUGAAAAAAGAAAAAAUACUGAAAAAAAUUGGAAAAAAUAAUAAAAUCACAUAUCGAGGAGAGAAAGGCUCAGAAAGGCGACGUGGGAGAUCCCACGGAAGGUGAAGAUGCGCAGCAGUACUUCUUGGUCACCCCCAACUGUCACUGUUGGGACUGGGUGAGCGGGCUGCCUGGAGGAGCUUUGGGACGCCUGUUGGUGAAGGUUCAGGUGACUUGGUGCUUUCCUUGAACUCGAUCAGACCCAGCCCAGGAGCUUCCUUGCGCGAUUCAGUCUAACCCAGUGUGAUCCCUUAGAUCAGCAACCAAAAGAGAGCCUGGAAGGCAGGGGUGUAGCGUCCGGCUUUUCAUGGCACCAGCCCCUUAAGGCUGCCAUGGCAGCAGCUGCCACUGAUGUCCAAGGUCAGAUUACCGCACUAACGCAGGAGGAAGAGGACGCGCGCCCCGUCGGGAAGGUGCUGCGAGCAGAGAGGGAAGCCAGGACCCCCAGGACUAGCGAGUGUGAGGUGUGUGGGGUGCUCUUUAGCUCUUGGGACAAGCUCCGAGUCCACGCUUACAGCCACACCGGAGAGAAGCCCUUCCGCUGCUCCCAGCCCCAGUGUGCCAAGGCCUUCGUCUCCAAGUAUAAACUCUUCAGGCAUAUGGCCACACAUUCUCCUCAGAAGACACACCAGUGCACGUUUUGUGAGAAAAUGUUCCACCGGAAAGACCACUUGAAGAACCACCUGCAGACCCACGACCCCAACAAGGAGGCCUUCAAGUGUGAGGAGUGCGGCAAGAACUACAACACCAAGCUGGGCUACAAGCGCCACGUGGCCAUGCAUGCUGCCACCAACGGAGACCUGACCUGCAAGGUGUGCCUGCAGAGCUACGAGAGUACGCCCGUGCUACUGGAGCACCUCAAGAGCCACUCUGGUAAGUCCUCGGGCGGCGUGAAGGAGAAGAAGCAUCCCUGCGACCACUGCGACCGCCGCUUCUACACCCGGAAGGAUGUGCGCCGCCACAUGGUGGUCCACACAGGCCGCAAGGACUUCCUAUGCCAGUACUGUGCCCAGCGGUUUGGCCGCAAGGACCACCUGACCAGGCACGUCAAGAAGAGCCACUCCCAGGAGCUGCUAAAGAUCAAGACAGAGCAUCCCGACAUGCUGGGGCUGCUCCACUCCAGCUCGCCCAUCUCUGUGAAGGAGGAGCUCAGCCCCAUGAUGUGCAUGCCCCCUUGCAAAGACUCCAUGAUGGGCAAGCCCUUUGCCAGCUCUUUCCCCAUGAGCAUGUACAACCAGCACCUGCAGUCCAUGUCCAACUCAGGGGUCUCGCACACCUUGGUGCCCAGUUCGCUGGCCACCAUGGGGAUGGGUUGCCCCAUGGAGUCUCCUUCUCCCAUCCACCACCACUCCCCACCUCCUCAGCAGCCCCCACCACACAAGUACCAGCUUGGAUCUACCUCAUGCCUGCAGGAGAAGCCCAUCAAAGUGGAGAUGGAGAGCUUCCUCAUGGAUCUGCAGAGCGGCCUGUCAGAGUCCCACACGUCUCCACCCAAGGUCGGGCUGGAACAUCACCAGUCCCUGGACGACCUUUCCGGGGAGCACCUCCUGUCCAAAAGCCCGGCCAUCAUUGCCGAAUCUCUCUGUGCUGCUAACAUGGACUUCUCACACCUGCUCAGCUUCCUGCCGCUGAACCUCCCUCCUUACAACCCCCCUAUGUCCACAGGGGGUUUAGUCAUGGGCUACUCAUCCCAAGGGGAGCACCAAUCUCCCCUAACCUCUUUGCAACCUCAACUUCAAGAGUCCCAGGGAUCUGGGAGUGGCUUAAGCCUGGGGCCUCUCCACACCCUCCCUCCCGUCUUCACUACCAGCCUCAGCACAACCACCUUGCCUCGUUUUCACCAGGCAUUUCAAUAGGCCCCCACUACGAGGGGGGAGCUGUUUUUAAUUCCCCUCACCGUGUUGCAGACUUAAGGAGCCUUACUAAAGCGCACAAAGCUUUCUUUAG